AUGCCCAUGGCAAAGAAUAUUUGCAAACUACCUUUGGAGUUUUGCCAGUUUUUCAUCCCCAGUUGGACCAUAAAGGUGUCAUCUUGCUCUGUUGGUCUUCAUGAAAUGGGGUUGGAUAGCAGUCUUUCUGAUGAAAACUUUGCACCAAAUGGAUUAACUGAUGUUCUUGUUAUGGGAGCAAAGGAAAAAGACCUAUCAACAAUUAUGAAACUGUGUCAUGAAUGGUUGCAGCAGUACUUUAGAGAUCCUAAGCUGAUUUCUCAAAUUCUAAGACCAGAUAUUUGUGCUCUCAAACAGGAAAAAAAGGGGUUUCGUGCUCAAGUUUGGCAGAUACUUGCAGAUACAGUAGGACCUGGAGAGGUGCAGUGAGAGCUGUUGGGUCAGCUAUGCGUAACAAUCCUACGGGUAUCAUUGUUCCAUGUCAUAGGGUUGUGCGUUCAAAUGACAUGGGUCUCUAUCAUGGUGGAAAAAGACAGUCAGUCAAGUUAUGGUUA